AUGGUCAUGCUGCUCUUUCUGGUGCUGUUGAAACUCAUCUCAGCCAACUGUCUGGACUUUGUUCAGGGGCGCAUUGUUGGCGGAUAUACCCCCUCGCCAAAUUCAAUCAAAUACAUCGUGUCGUUACAGAGCUCGAAGGGCCAGCACUUCUGUGGUGGAUCUCUGGUCCACAAAUACUGGGUGCUUACAGCCGCCCAUUGCAAUAUUGGGAUGGAUCAGAUGAUGGUGGUGGUUGGAGACUAUACUUUAGGUGCUUAUGAGGGGACAGAGCAGUACUCCAAGCCUCUGUCGCUUGUCCCGCACCCUCAGUACAACAGCAGCACCACUAAUGCAGAUAUCAUGCUCAUAAAGCUUAGUGCGCCCAUAGAGCUCAACAGGUAUGUGUCCCUCGCCCCGCUCCCCAAACAGAACGCAGGGCUGCUGGCGGGCAGGAUGUGCCGGGUUUCCGGGUGGGGCUCCACCAGCCACAGCGGAGGUCUGACGCCCCUCACCCUGCGUACGGUCAGACUCCCCAUCGUCUCCACCUCCAAGUGCAACAGCAGUAACUCCUUCAGCGGAAACAUCACAACAAACAUGAUAUGCGCGGGGUCCAGCACAGGAGGAAAAGACGCGUGUAAGGGGGACUCUGGAGGGCCGCUGGUGUGUGAUGGACGUGUUUACGGCCUGGUCUCUUGGGGAAAUGGCUGUGGAGAUCCUAGGUUUCCAGGGGUCUAUACGGCCGUGUCCAGGUUCCGCAGGUGGAUUGACCAGACCAUAUACAGCCCAUUUUCAAGAUGCCUUAAGUUUUCCAUACGACGCUCCAGCCGCCGAGAGCGCAAAUAA